GCCGCAACCCGGUACCCGGGCUCACUUUUUGGCGGGCCGGGCCCCUCGGAUCCUUCACUCGCAGCAACCUAACAACCAAUGUCGGGUGUGAGCAGCCCCGAAGGGAGAGAACGAUGGUGGAAGCAGAAUCUUACGCCCCAACGAGGGAGCUAAAAUGGCAGACUUGUGAUCUGCGCUACCUAUUAUGGUGCUGGUGAGAUGUAAUCCAGCCAUUUCGGUGGUCAAGCGGUUUCCGAGCCCGUUAUCUUUUCUUGCGCAAUGUGUCGAAAGCUACAGACAGAGACAGAGAAAAGAUUCGGGACAGCGAGGGAGAGAGGUGGCAAGCAAUGGAGACCGAGGGAAACAUGAAAAGAAAGAAGAAAGAAAGAGUCAAGGAAGCGAGGCCGUUACACUUGCCCGCCUGGCCCAGCAAGGCGAGUCAGCACAACCUCCCACCUUCCAGGUUCCAAGGAUCCGAGGACCACCAGUGCUUAAGUCAGUCGUAUUCGGGUUCGCUUUCCACGCCUUGGCCGCCGUUUCAACGCCCACGCAUCUCGCGCUUUCGGUUCCGGGUCGAGGGACGGCGGCCGCUUAUGUGAGUGGGAUCCUGCAGAUCCGGCCAAACAUCUUCAUUCGCACACACCGCUCUACCCCGCAUCAGGGGUCAGGGGACAUGAUGACUGCCUCGGUAUAUGAAGGAGGUCUGACCUCCUCUUGGAGGUACAGUACGCGGAGAAUCCAUCAGUUCACCGUUACAAGCUUUCGUCCACGCAACACCAUGGCUUCCGCUCAGGGCAAGACGGUCCUCGUCACAGGUGCCGCCGGCGGCCUCGGCAAGGCCAUUGCGGAGGCGUUUUUCGCUGCAGGCGCCAAUGUCGUCGUCUGCGAUGUCCAUCCCCAGCGGAUAGCCUCGGUCGAGGAGGAGUGGGCCAAGUCCUAUGCAGGCCGGUUCCUCACUCAGCAGGCCGACGUGACAGAUGAGGCGGCGGUGCAGAAGCUGGUUGACGCCGCCGUCGCCAAGUUCGGCCGUCUCGACGUCCUCGUCAACAAUGCCGGCAUCAUGGACGACUUCUCCCCCGUCGGCGCCUGCUCCAAGGAGAAGUGGGACCGCGUGCUGAACAUCAACCUGAACGGGCCCUUCCUGGCCUCCAAGGCAGCUAUUGCCCAGUUCGAGAAGCAGGAACCUGCCGGCGGCGUCAUCAUCAACAUCGGCUCCAACGCCAGCAUACACGGUUUCAAGGCCGGUGUCGCCUACACCGUCUCCAAGGCGGGCGUCAUGGCCCUGACCAAGAACACGGCCGGCUUCUACGGGGACAAGGGCAUCUACAGCAUUGCACUGCUGCUGGGCGGCAUGAACACGAACAUCACCGACGCAUUUGCCCAGGGCAUGCACAUGGAGAUGUUUCAGAAGGUCCAGGCGUCGCAGUCGCCGUUCGAGCCGCACAGGCACCUGCCCGUCGAGAGCGUGGCCAAGUACUGUGUCUUCCUCACGGACAAGGACAUCAGCCCGAGCGCCAACGGGUCGUGCAUUGUAUUUAACAACAACUGGCCCGAGGCGUAGGGGGUGUGGCCAGUCUUGUUUUGCCAGCGGAUG